CAGGAACGGUCCUGAAACUGACAACAUGGCGAGUGUUCGUGCUGCGUCCCGUUUUCUCUCCAAGAAGGCACUUUUAAAGACGAAAGCAGUCCCUGCCACUGCAGUUCAGGGCUCCAGGAACUUUCACUUUUCCAUCUAUGGCAAGGGGAAAGAUGCCAAAUUGUCAGACGACAUCUCCACUCAGUAUCCAGUUGUGGAUCAUGAGUUUGAUGCUGUGGUGGUAGGAGCUGGAGGAGCAGGACUCAGGGCAGCUUUUGGACUGUCAGAGGCUGGCUUCAACACUGCCUGUGUCACCAAACUAUUCCCAACCAGGUCUCAUACUGUUGCUGCACAGGGUGGGAUCAAUGCAGCUCUGGGGAACAUGGAGGAAGAUGACUGGAGGUGGCAUUUCUACGACACAGUGAAGGGAUCUGAUUGGCUCGGAGACCAGGACGCUAUCCACUACAUGACAGAGCAGGCUCCUGCAGCCGUAGUGGAGCUGGAGAACUUUGGUAUGCCAUUUAGCCGCACUGAGGAUGGGAAGAUCUACCAGAGGGCCUUUGGAGGUCAGAGUCUUAAGUAUGGAAAAGGUGGCCAGGCUCACCGCUGCUGCUGUGUAGCAGACAGGACAGGACACUCGCUUCUGCACACACUUUAUGGACGGUCGCUUCGCUAUGACACCAGUUACUUUGUGGAGUACUUUGCCCUGGACCUGCUGAUGGAAAAUGGAGAGUGCAAAGGAGUGAUUGCCCUCUGUAUGGAGGAUGGCUCUAUUCACCGCUUCAGAGCCCAGAAUACUGUCAUCGCUACUGGGGGUUAUGGAAGGGCCUAUUUCAGCUGCACAUCUGCUCACACAAGCACAGGAGACGGAAAUGCAAUGGUGACCAGAGCUGGCCUGCCCUGCCAGGAUUUGGAGUUUGUACAGUUCCAUCCCACUGGGAUCUACGGAGCUGGUUGCCUGAUCACAGAGGGUUGCCGUGGUGAGGGAGGCAUCCUGAUCAACAGUGAAGGAGAGCGCUUCAUGGAGCGCUACGCACCCAACGCCAAAGACCUGGCCUCCAGAGACGUGGUGUCCCGCUCCAUGACCAUCGAGAUUAGGGAGGGCAGGGGUGUUGGCCCAGAGAAGGACCACGUUUACCUGCAGCUUCACCACCUGCCUCCUCAGCAGCUGGCCACAAGGCUUCCCGGUAUCUCAGAAACAGCCAUGAUUUUCGCUGGAGUCGACGUCACCAAAGAGCCCAUCCCCGUGCUCCCCACCGUUCAUUACAACAUGGGCGGAGUACCAACAAACUUCAAGGGACAGGUGAUCACUCACACCAACGGUGAGGACAAGGUGGUGCCUGGACUGUAUGCCUGCGGCGAGGCUGGAUGUGCCAGCGUCCACGGUGCUAACAGGCUGGGUGCCAACUCACUGCUGGACCUGGUGGUCUUUGGCAGAGCCUGCGCCCUCACAAUUGCUUCGGAACACAAACCUGGAGAGAAACUGUCCCCACUGAAGCCCAAUGCAGGGGAGGAGUCUGUGGCCAACCUGGAUAAGCUGAGGUUUGCCAAUGGAAGUCUGAGAACCUCUGAGAUCAGGCUCAACAUGCAGAAGACCAUGCAGGCUCAUGCAGCAGUGUUCCGUACCGGCUCUGUUCUGAAGGAGGGAUGCGAUAAGAUGGACGCCAUUUACCAGACCAUGGAUGAUCUUAAGACCUUUGACAGAGGCAUUGUGUGGAACACAGACUUAGUGGAAACACUGGAGCUGCAGAAUCUGAUGCUGAACGCCGUCCAGACCAUCCACUCCGCUGAACAAAGGAAGGAGAGCAGGGGAGCCCAUGCCAGAGAGGACUUUAAGGAUCGUGUCGAUGAGUACGACUACUCUAAGCCCCUGGCGGGUCAGGAGAAGAAGCCCUACGACCAGCACUGGAGGAAACACACUCUGUCUUACGUUGACCCCAAGACUGGAAAGGUGACCUUGGAGUACCGACCUGUUAUCGACACCUCUCUGGAUGAGCAGGACUGCGCCCAUGUCCCUCCUGCAAUCCGCUCCUACUAAGAAGUUCUCCUCUCACCCUACCCCUCUCCUCUAAAAUCCACCCUACUCAAAUACUGAGUUCAUUUAACUGCUAUUUAAGAAAAUGCAUUUUCUGUCCAAGGGAUGACUUUUUAGGACAAAUUCUGCUUUUUUUGUUGCACAUUUGUAUCCAUUUUAGAGUUGUUAAAUACAAUACUGUCUGGUCAACUCCGGCCCCUUUGUGUCACAUUCCUGCUCCUUUCCUUCAUGCGUGUUUUGUUUCGAUUUAAUCUGUUUGCAGUUGAUGGAUUUCAGCCAGAUUGUGACCUCUCACACUUUGUGAGCUGGUUUUGUGUACAUAUAUAUAUAUCAUACGAAUCUCAAGACAAAGGCAGCUGAGAAAUUUUCAGCCUCCAGGUGUCGAACAAAUAAGGAAGAUUUAACAUGUGUUGCACCACUUUCGCCUGGCUUUUUGCGAUGACAUCAUACUCUCAUUUCCUCGUCUUGGGUUGUAGCGAAUGCUUCUUUGCUUCUCUCCUUUUUGGCCAAGUGAAGAGAUGAUGGAAAUGAUUGUAAUUUGAGACGCACAUGUCGCAGAGCCACAAGGGGAGGUUUUAAGUAUGUAAAUAUUGCAUAAAUGUACAAUAAAUAUGGGGAGUUAAGCUGUAUGUACUAGUUAAAGCAUGAGUUUGUCUCUACUCACUCACUGUGGCCUUCGGUUUGCAUAGUAUUUACUUCUUGUUACACUUCAGGUGUGUGGUCUGCGCUCUCGUUCAAAAGAUAAUCAGCUGAUUGAGCUUAAACUAUCUGUAAUAUCGCACUAUAUAUGUUAACCAAAUUACCCAGAUUGAAGCUUGCACCUCUUCGGCCACAUUAUGAUAUCUUAGGUGUUGCCGCAAAGGCUUCUUUAUACAUUUUGGUGUUGAUGUUGCUGUCUUUGAACACUAAAGAGUCAGUGAAGUGCUAAGUGUUGUUCCAUUCAUUAUUCUGAGUACCGUCAUCGUUCUUAACUCUAAACGCUCCAUGAGCAGUAGUUUUAGAGGUAGUCCCCAUUAAAUACAGCCGUGUUUGUGGUGUAGAAUUGAACAGGCAACUGCCACCUGUGAAAAUUUGUCACAUUUACUGCCACUCCAUAAAUGACUUUUAAGGUGACGGCUGGCCACAAUAAUACUAACAUAAUAAUUCAGAUGCCAUGCCUCUUGUAAUAAAUCAAUGAAAGGGUGACUUAAUUUAUUUGCCUGUUUGGGAGAAAAGGGUAAUUUUCUUCUUAUUUUGCCAUUUGUACUUGUUUUCAUAUGUUCAAUAAAGUGUAGCCAGUGCAUAGAAA